GCACCAUGUCUGAAACUGUCACAGUCACACGCAAGCCGCCCGGUCCCUUCACUUGCGGUUGCUGCGGCGAAUCGAAUAUUGUGUGGUGUUAUUUUUUAAUUUCAGAUAUCACUGUUUAUUGGAUUAUCAUUAUCACCAAAGAUGUCUGAAAAACAUUUAAAAGCUGGUGACCCUCUCCCUCCAUACAAUGGAAAGCUCCGUCUCUUUGCGAUGAGGUUCUGUCCAUACGCUGAGCGCAGUGUGCUGGUACUCAAUGCCAAGAACCUCCAGUAUGAUCUGGUUUUCAUCAACCUGGACAGCAAGCCGGAAUGGCUCUUUGAGUUCAACCCAAAAGGUUCAGUGCCAGCAUUGGAGUACGAGCAAGGCAAAGCUAUCUUCGAUAGUGCCAUCAUCAACACCUACCUAGAUGAGAAGUAUCCGGAAGUUCCACUGCAGGCCACGGACCCACUCCGCAGAGCUCAAGAUAAAGUGUUUGUGGAACUGUUCUUGGGGGCACACUCAUCCUUCUACGUCGCUGCAUUCAACCCGGACGGCUUCCAGCCAUCCCACCUAGAGGCCUACAGCAAAGGUCUGGAACGCCUCGAGAAGGAACUGGAAGUCCGCGGCACCAAGUUCCUGCACAGCAAUGAGCCAGGGCUGGUGGACUACACCAUCUGGCCGCAUCUGGAGCGGUUCGAGUCUCUGCCGCUCCUCGGGAAGGCUGACAUGGCUAUUGACGGCACUAAGUAUCCGCGUGUGACAAGCUACUUGGAGGCGAUGAAGCAAGUCCCGGCCGUGAAGCAAUACUACCUAUCUGCCGAGACUCACGCCAAGUUUGUCGAAUCCAAGACCAAGGGCGAAGCCAACUACAACAUGCUCGACACCAGCGAUGUGUGCUGCAUGCGCCCGAGGAAGAAGAAGCAGUAAAACAUUCGUAUUUUAAUUUAUCAACCCUGGCUAUUAAGAAUAAAGACUAGAAAUACAAAAAACUGGUCUUAGAUGUCGAGUCAAAAGUGAAAUUUAAGUUAAUAUUUACAACUUAGCCAGGCUCAGGACCGCUUCGUCCACAAUCCUAUUUUGUCACCGUCUUAACUUGUCAUUAGGUGGGUCCACACAGAGCGAGCAUAUACGCGAGGCAAUUUCCUGGCGCACAAAACGGCCGGUGUAGACGUGCCUCGCGCGUAUGCUCGCUCUGUGUGGACUCGCCGAUUAUUGUCAUAAGGCCUACAGGUCUGUUCUGAUUCGUCAACAUUCCUAUUUUACCCACAUUCCUUGUGGGUCAGAGUGCUUACUCAUCCACAUUCCUAUAUGGUCCACAGUGCUAACAUUGGUGGAAGUAAAAAGAAGUUUUUAGUUGGAAAAAAACCAAUGCAAAAAUAAAUGAAAAGUGCAGAUGUCUAAAACCCCGAAACCCGGAGUUACCAGUACAAUUUUAACCCUGUGUUAACGGUUAACUCCAAAAGUUGCUUUUACUGAGAAAUUUAAGAUAGCCUGGCUAAGUUAGAUUUCACUGCGGCCCAGACAUUUUCUAGGCGUUAUUCAUUUAGCUAUUCUAAAAGCAACCUUAUGAAGUACAUAAUAAUAUAUAUUUUACAUAAUAAUAAACAUUUGUGAAUUAGACAAGGGAAUGCUCUAUUUUGUAUGCAAUAUGGUCCAACCGAAAUGUUAAGAAUCACGUUAUGCAAUCGAAAAUCGAGUAUAUAAUAAUGUUCAUUAACGGAGUUUGAUAUCGGCAAAAGUACAAUAAAAUUUUAAAGUUAA